UGUGCAGCUAAAUGUCGACUCGAAAUACUGCAUGAUGAGAAGAAAAAGUGCAGUGAAUGGCGGUCGUAACAACCAGGUGCUUUGUUGACCUUUUUUGAGUCAGUCAUGCUGGAGGAGCAACAAGAGCAACAGGAGCAGAAACCAUCUCGGUGUGAUCUGCCCGUAGACAGUCACACUCCUGCUUCUGCAAAAUCACAGGACAUUUCACACGUGUUGGCCAGCACCUUUAAAGAGCUUUACACCAAAGUCACACCAUGCAACCUUAUGAAGGCAAAAGGAAGGAGCAGCUAUCAUGACAAAUAUGUCGAAGAGCUCAAACGGGUUCGAGCUGAAUACAACCAGCGUAUAAAAGAGGCAGACAUGCUGGAGAGCCACAUCAUCCAGGCCAGAGCUCGAGCGGCAGCCACAGAGCGGCGGACCGCGGAACGGAUGAAGGAGGACUUCAGGGAUGUACCCGAUCUCCAGGGCCUCCCUCCAGUCAAGUCAGCCUUUAUCUGGCAUGUUGAUGAAGGUCUUCUCCAAGUAAACAACCUGAUUUCGCCGCUGGACUAUUUAAAGUCACAAAAAAUGCAAAUGAAGGCUCCAGCAGUUGUAAAACCAGAUCUUACCAGACCUACUAUGGCUUACACCAUGCACACUGCCACCGAGGCACAUGACAACGCCCUGUGGAGGAUGAGGAACGAGUCCGAGUCCAGCCAGACUAUGGAGUGCAGCUCACUGGCCCUAAAGAAUAAGAAAACACCCGAUGAGAUGCAGAACAGACCCAAGCCCAAGUGGAAGGAUGAGCCGAGCGCAACGGAUCGGGCAGAUGGCAACGAAAAACUCCAGAAGAUGAAAGAACGGCAACGCAUACUCCAAAACCCGCGGUUCCUGCCUCCAAAAGCCCAACAGGGCGCCACCUCCCUUAUUCGUCCUCGGUCGGCGAAGAACGAUCACGGGAGGGACAGCACCGAGGCGGCGGAAAGACCCAAAGACAAUCCCGUUCAGGUCUUCGUGGCAAAUCCUCCUGUUGUCCUUUUCACUGUCUACAGCGUGGGACAGGUGUAUGAGACAACACUGGAGCUACAAAAUGUGACCUUUUCUAGCCGCGACAUCCGAGUUCUGCCGCCAAACAGUUCUUACUUCACUAUCGGUCUAGGGAGAUUCCCUGGCAAGGGCGGAGUUGUUGCUCCAGGCAUGAGUUGUAAAUUCAUGGUGCGCUUCGCACCAGACUCCCUGGCCGACUACGAGGAUUGCAUAGUGGUGGAAAGUCAGGCCGAGCAUAUCCUCGUGGUCCCCAUCAAAGCGCGGAGACCGCCUCCUGUUCUCACCUUGCCAAGUGUUCUGGACUGUGGUUAUUGUCUCAUUGGGGGAGUGAGAUGUGUCGAGUUCUAUUGUCAGAACGUCGGCCUCAGCGCUGGCACCUUCUGUAUCGUCCCAAAGAAUCAGUGGCCAGCCACCAACCCCAGGUUGGUGGUUACAAAUAGUUAUUCUGACCAGCCUCCCUUUGCCGUCAGCCCAUCUUUCUUUGCCCUGCAGCCCGGAGAGACCACUGUAGUUGAGGCAGUUUUCUUUCCCACCACCACCAAAAGGAUUUGCCAGCUCUUCACCGUCGUGUGCGAUAACUGCCAAGUCAAAGACAUUUGCGUUCAAGGCGAGGGCCAGCUCAUCGCGCUCGAACUUUUGUCUGUUUCUGGUAAGGAGCAGCCCCCCACGUUGGGGGAGGUGCACGACAUGACCGCCGACCAUUUUGUCCGAUUCGACCCGUGCAACCCUCACGCGGUGCAGCAGAAGGCGGUGGUGAUCAGGAACAAUGUCCACUUGGAGCUACCGUUCCACUGGCAGGUCAUGAAGCCCAACCUCCUGCUGCUUCCUCCGGGUGAAAUCCCCAAGCCCUGCAACAUCCAGUACCACCACGACAGAGACGACAUUUUCCAAGUCAGCCCCGCGACGGGAAUUUUGGCCCCCUGCCAGGAUCGAGAGUUCACCAUCGCCUUCUGUCCCAAGGAGAUGCAGGAUUACCACAGCGUGUGCCAUUUAGUCCUGAGCGACGUCCCCCAGCUGCCGUUGGAGUCCUGCGACGAGGGGUCCGGCCUCCUGCAGCCUGUGCGCAUCGGCUCCCAGGUGGGCGACGCCACCGUCAUGGAGAUCGAAGUCAAGGGGACUACGGAGCCCUUCAACAUCCUGCUGGAGCCCUACGCCCUCAUCAUCCCUGGCGAACUCUUUAUUUUUACCACCACCCAGCGGCAUUUUAAGAUGUGGAAUCACAGCAAAACCCCUGUUUUCUUCCGAUGGGACACGGUUAGUAGCAGUUGUCACCAAAUAGAAGUGGAGCCUGCGACUGGAAAAAUAGACGAAAAGGAGUGUUUUGUCUUCAAACUGAUUGUGACUGGCGGCAAACCGGAGAAGGUGGUGACCAGUCUGCUGUGUCACAUCGAGCACCGCUCUGAGCCCGUCACCUUGGCCGUGGAGGUCACCUUCAAGGGUCCCAGCGUGAGCAUAAGUGCGCCCAGCGUGGACUUUGGUCUCAUGAGACUCGGGGAACAAAGCCAGAAAACGCUGUACCUCGACAAUGUCACACACCUGGAGGCUUCCUGGACGCUGGAGGAGGUACACAAAAGUCAAGAUGAUGGCCAAGACCCGCAGCUGAUUAUGGAGCCAUGCAGCGGUGUGCUGCCCCCUUUGACCGGUUGCAGCGUGGUCAUCCACUUCAGGCCACAGUUUUGUCAGGAGCUUGAAACGGAGCUGGAGCUAUCAGUGGAGAAUGGGACAGGAUGUCACCUGCUGCUGGGAGCAGAUGUGCAGUCUCCUCAGCUGUGUCUGCUCAACUGCAAGCUGCUCCUCUCGGAACUCUACAUGGGCGUGGCUGCAGAAGGGACCGUGACUCUCUUCAAUCAGACACUCCUGCCGUCCAACUUUUCCUGGAUGGAUGCGCUCAAGGGUCAGCAGGCGUCUCUCUGUUCAGCCACUUUUGAGCCUCCAUCGGGUACUCUGGGACCAAAUGCCCGCUUGGACAUCACAGUCUCGUUCAUAUCCCAAACAGAUUCGGCACUGAAUGACGUAGUUGCGCUCUGUGAGGUAGAGGGCAUGAGCUCACCUCUUGUUCUCAGCAUUCAAGCACCCACCACACAGAGACUCCGAGUGUCGUACUCGCUCCCCGGCAUCAAUAGUCCCCCUCCGGACAACACGGGGCAAUCGGAGUUGACGGUCGACUUUGGCGACAUGCUGCUGGGGAAACCCAUCACCAAGCAGCUGCUGAUGACCAACCACACCGCCAUCCCGGCACCCUUCACCAUCCAUGCGGAGUAUUUCAACUCCGACGCGUCAAAACCCAGCAGCCAAUCAAAGAGAAGAUUCCAGUACAUGAAGAAGCCGCUUCACUCCGUUCAAGCCAGGAAAUUAGAGGAGCAGUCACACAAGGACUUUUUGAGCAACCUGCUGGCUAACGGAAAAGGCACAGCCUUCUUCAUCGUGCCAAGCGCCGGAACACUCGAUCCCUUUGAGACCCAAACUGUGGACGUGACCGCCUACAGCGACAUGUGGGGGGAGUACAGAGAUAAUCUUGUAUGCAAGGUCGGGGACCUUGAGCCCAGCCUCCUCCCCAUGCAGAUGACCGUGAAAGGCUGUCCGCUCUACUUCCAAAUCACGGGCCCGCGUCCCGAUGAUCAGCACCAAGGACCAAAUGUACAGUUUGGAACUCGAUUAUCUGGAGGCGACACUAUUACCCGUUCUCUUCGCAUCAACAACCCCACCUUGUUUGAUAUUCGUCUGGACUGGGAGACGUACAACGUCGUCCCGAAUGAUCGCAAACUGGUGGACAUCGUGAUGUCGUACGGGGAAAGCUUCCCGCUCAAGGAUGCUAACGGCAACCCGAGGGGAGCGUCGACGCUUUCCAACGGAGAGGCUGCCUGGAAAAGGCCUCAGGGGUUAGGGUCGGAGGCUUCUCUCCACAGUUCCAAUGCCAUGGAGAGAGAAGACUGCACAACCAAGGACGACAACAACAGACUUUGUCCUGCAAAGAGAAAAAUGCUGUCUGUCCACAUUCGACCCCAUGUGGGAGACAAGUCAAAUGAGCCCUACUGCGUCACACCGCAACAAAUUGUGAUUCCGGCUCAAGGCAGCAGCACCGUACAUGUGUCUUUCACCCCACUCGCCCUGUCUGCAACAUCUUGCGAGUCAAAAUGCAUGGGCUUGGCUCUGGGCUUCAUUAGUCUGGACUCUGAGGUGGCCGUUUGUGUCCUGGGUAAGGUGGCAAGGGUCCAGGGUUUGGAUCUGGAGCCCAUUAGAGUGGAACUCCUCGCGGUGGUCAAGCCUGCGGUGCUUUUAGUGCAGAUGGAAGACGACAACAAGGUGGUGGAAUUUCAUACCUCGGCCGGCGAUUUACUGAGGAUAGAGGAAGAUAAGGUGUAUUUGGAGGAAUUUGACAACGUGCAGAGCUUCCUGCUAAAAAACACCACUGAGAUGCCGCUGCGCUUUAGACUCAGGACUCAGCCGCCAUUUUCAGUGCUCAAGGUGCCGCCUCGAGCCGGGUCCAGCGCCUCCAGCAGAUCGUCGGCCGCCGACCCUCACGCGCUGAUUCUGCAUUCCCAAAAUAGCAUACUGGUGAGGGUCGCCUUCUGUUGCUCACCGUCACUUUUGGAGUACACUGAGCAUCCAACGGAUGGUGUGACGCUUGUCCCCAGUGACAGCGGAUACAAGCAGCUGAGGAUCCACCAAGAUCUCCUCAUUCACUACAGCAACAACAGCCUGCAGAUGGUGCCACUCUACGCGCACUUGAAGCUGACGUCGCUGUGCCUGUCCACCGACCACAUCAAUUUCGGCCUGUGCUACUUGGGCCAGACGCAGGCGAAAGAAGUCAAGCUGUACAGCCUCGGCUCCCAAACCCACUGGUCAUUGCACAUAGAGUCGACCGAAGACAACUCCCACGUCUUCAGCGUGACGCCCUCCUUCGGGCUCCUCCGCUCCAAGGACCACCAAUCCACGGGCGACCACUGCCAACGCCUAGAGAUCAGCUUCACUGCCAGUGAGGUGAAGCACUACAAGUCCACAGUGGUGAUUACCUCUAUACUGGAAAGGAGUCCACUCCUCCUGCAGCUUCAAGGAACAGGAUCACGCCAGAUGUAUUUGUAAAUGGUAUUUUUUCUUAACGAUUCAUUUGUUUGUAAUAGCAGUCUCAAUUCAUGCAUUCUGGACA